CGGGACUCGGUCUCCUCCGCUUCCUCCUGCAGCUGCUGCUUUCUGCUCGGCUACAUCGGUCGGGUCCAGCACGUACCGUAACUACAUGCCAGACGAUGCGCUGAGGGUGGCUUUCAGUAACGACCACCCGCUAUGCAGAGCUGCUGCUCGGUGCCUGACCUGUAGCUGCGUGUUCGGCCGGACGGACUGAAGAGAAACGAGCUGUGAGAGCAGACGGACAGGAGGCCACGGUUCCCCCUCACACACACACACACAUCACCACGGCCUUCAUGGUGAUGUAUGCAAGGAAACCAACAAGAGUCAGCGAUGGGUGCAACGACAGAAGGGAUUCACAAUCCUAUCAGACCCAUAAAUCUCAGCCAAAGAGCCAGUCCAGCAGCCUUCACCGUUACGACAAGGUGCGCGAUGGCUCAUCGGAUCCCACGCCCCCUUACAAGAUGCUGCGACGCUCAGACGAGAGUCCUGUCAGCAGGCAUGGAGACAACCCCGGACACGGCAAGGCAAAAGCCUCUCAUGCUGUUAGAGGAAAAAAUGGGACCAGCGGCUCUCCUCAGGAGAACUCUCACAACAACAGCUCCCACCAUGGCGCCGACUCGCACGCCACUCAGAGCAAGCCUGCAGACAGGGACCCGGCAGAUGACUGGACAGAACACAUUAGCUCCUCUGGGAAAAAGUACUACUACAACUGUAGAACUGAGGUCUCCCAGUGGGAGAAGCCCAAGGACCUGCUGGAGAGGGAACAACGACAGAAAGACUCAGUCAAGAUGGCGGCAAACAGUUUCCCAAGGGACAUGGACUACAGACAAGAGGCCUUGCAGGACAAAGCCACAACAAAGACCACAUCAGGGGACCAGUCCUCGGCAUCCAACUGCGGCCAUUCCUCCUCUUCCUCUUCCUCUCAGAGCCUGAACUCUGCUGCUGCCGGCGCUUUAGGCUCCACCUCCUCCAACAUGUCGUCCUCCUCUUCCUCCUCUUCAGGCCAGGUGCCUUCAUCUGUCCAGUCGCCGUCGCCAGCGCUGCUCCAGGACCCAGCCCUCCUGCAUCAGCUGCUGCCGGCGCUGCAGGCCAACCUGCAGAUGAACAACGGCAGCAUGGACAUGGCGAAGCUCAAUGAGGUCUUGGCAGCUGCUGUCACCCAAGCUUCCUUGCGGUCUGUGCUUCAUAAGCUCCUCACUGCUGGACCUGCUUUCAACGUCACUGCUCUGCUCUCAGCUGCUCAGCACUCCAACCAAGCCCAGCACUCCAGUCAGUCUCCGGUCUCCCUGACGUCGGAUGCCUCAUCACCACGGCCGUACGUCUCGCCACGGAACGGCACGCCACAGACCAACCAGAAGUCACUUAUGGGCAUUCACCCCGGCAACAUCGUGUCCAUAUCCAGGGGCAGUUUAAGUUCAGGGAAGCCAGGAUCAGCCUCCAUGUCUCAGACGACAGAAAAGCGUCCAGAAGACCCGAGAACUCUGCAGCAAAGGAGCAGCCAGGAGAUUCUGUGCACAGGAUCAAACCUGUCUGGUGGUGCGAUGGCUCAUGCCCCCUCCAGCAGCAGCGGCGGCGGCGGCAGCAGCCAAACCCAGUCCGACACUCCUGGCUCCUUCACUCCCACCCUGGCAGCUCAUUUCGAUGAAAACCUCAUCAGACAUAUCCAAGGAUGGCCUUCAGAAAACACUGAGAAACAGGCGGCCCGGUUGCGUGAGGACAUCCACAACAUGGGCAGCCUGUACAUGUCCGAGAUCUGCACGGAGAUGAAAAACCUUCGCUCCCUGGUCAGAGUGUGCGAGAUCCAGGCCACGCUCAGGGAACAGAGAAUCCUGUUUCUGAGGCAGCAGAGCAAAGAGCUGGACAAGCUGAAGAACCAGAACUCCUACAUGGUGUGAGGACCUGAGAAGAAAAAGGACAAUGAGAGGAAAAAAAAAAAAAAAAAAACAACCCACGGACAGCGAGCUGUUGAAGCCUGUUUUAUUCUCCCCUACGAGAACAACUGACAAGGUGAAGCUCCGUCAUCCCCAACACUUUCUUUUCUUUUUUUUUUUUUCUUUUUAAACUUGUUUUCCGGUGUCGACCACAUCAGUUGCUCUCGCAGUUCGAAAGGUCAAACUGAUGGCUCAGCUGAGUCGGACGCUUUAGCGUAAGUGGACACAGAGGACCUGGGGCUCUUUCAGACAGCACCUUCUUGGACAGUGAACCUUGGAUGUGUGUGUAUUGUAUCGGGUUAACUUGUUUUUCUGGUGUGUUUUGAUGUGUAGUGGUCAGGAAGAGAUUAAACACGAACUAAACCAUCUCAUAACCGGUCCGUAAUGGACUUUGUAAUUCAUUGAAAUGUACGGAUUCAAUGGCAGUGAUGUUACUGUUCUUUUUCUUUUUCUUUUUCUUUUUUUUUUUAAUUCGCUCUACUCGUCAGUGGUUUUUUGCCGCCAUCCCAUCGUGUCUUCAGGCUGGUUGGUUUUAGCGAAGACCUCUGGCCAGACCUUCAUGAAAAUAGUUAAUGUGCUUCAGUAGUUCUUUCCCAGUCGAUGGGAAUCUGCAUUAUGGUUCCGGUGAUCCACGUUCACUGGGGAGUUAUGGCUACGUAUGUCAAAUGCACUCCAGAUGUUUCCAAGCCAUUUUUUUUUUUUUUUUUUUAAAAAGCCUACAUUAUUGGACCUAGGUUGGCUGCUAGUACAUCUGAGGUUGUAUCCAUUUGUAGCCCUGCUGGCAGUUUUCUUAUUCCUUCUGCUGUUUCUUUCUUUUUUCUUUUUUUUUUGUAUAAUUGUCAUUGUUUUGUUUCUGUCCCAAGUCCAGUUGGGAAAAUAUUCAUUCCUUUUUUUUCGUGCAGCUUAGCAAGAGAUGGUGUAAAAGAAUAGAUGAGUGGCUGAACUUGCAGUCACGUAAAGCUAAAUUAUUGUUGCACAUGAUUCAUUACGUCCUUGUAGUUAUACUGGGGGUGGGGGGGGGAGAAAAAGAUGGACGGAAAGAAAAGUUAUUUUUUCUACAAGGAAACUCAUGUUUUGUUUUUCUGUUCAGCUGUCGUGGCUGCAGCCCUUUUGUCAACUGACGCCCGCCAUGUUCGGCAACUUUUUUAAAGGGUUCGCUCACGGUGAGAGGGAAUACUUUUUAUAUGGACAUCACAUUAAAACUGCAGUCGUACACUCCAACACUUA